CCUCCCGAGUGGAGCAUGAACUCCAUCGACCCUUCAGUACACCACACCUCGUCUUCAACAGCAAGCUCUCUCCAACCCCAGCCCAAGAGCACCCAGGAGCCGCCGGAGAUGGCUGUCUACUGCGAUAACUUCAGCAUGUACCACCAGCCUGGACUCCAGAGCGCACAGAGACCGUCUGGAUACGGCCUGGGAGAUUACGCGUCAUCCCUGUGGUUGAACGGGCCCCCUGUGAACUCCUCCACCCCCUACCUGCACGGAAACAACACAGCAUCCUUUAUGCCACCUUCCUACGGUACCCAGCGGCAGUUCCUUACCAACUCUCCCGGGUUCGGGGGUCCGGACCUGGGUUGGCUGUCCAUCGCCAGUCAGGAAGAGUUGCUAAAGCUGGUCCGUCCUCCAUACUCUUACUCUGCGCUCAUCGCCAUGGCGAUCCAGAACGCACACGAAAAGAAGUUGACCCUGAGUCAGAUCUACCAGUAUGUCGCGGAUAACUUCCCGUUCUACAAGAAGAGCAAAGCGGGGUGGCAGAACUCUAUCCGACACAACCUGUCACUCAACGACUGCUUUAAAAAGGUCCCCCGCGAUGAGGACGACCCAGGUAAAGGGAACUACUGGACGUUGGACCCUAACUGUGAGAAGAUGUUUGACAACGGGAACUUCAGGAGGAAGAGGAAGCGUCGCUCCGACUCCACUAACAGCACCAAAACAGAGGACGGCCGAGCAGCCCCGCCCAUCAAGACCUUAGACAGCCCCCAGCUCCUAGGCCCCGCCUCCCCAGACAUGGAGGUGGUCAGUGAGGGGCACAAGAGCUCCUCCCCCCUGGGCCUGGUGUCCGGUGGCACUCCGUGUUUUAAUAACUUCUUCAGCAGUAUGGCUGGGCUGGGCUCCGGGCCUCUAGGGGCCUCCGUUCCUCUCUCCUCUGGUCCCUCCAGCAGACAGACUAGCUCUCUGGGGCUGGUCAACGAGCUGACCAAUAGGAACAUUACAGCCCUCCAUAGCAGCCCAUACCACAACCACACACCCCACACCCCCACCCCAGGCCAGGACAGUCACAGCCCGGGACUCUCAGAGGCGGGCCUCGGGGGCCACGGCCACCCAGCAGACAGCCUGUCUCCCUUCAACAGAGGACUGUACUACAACACAUUCAGUGGAGGGGGGCAGGCAGGACAGUUCAACAGCCACUUCUAUAACAGCUUUAGUGUCAACAACAUCUUAUACCCCCGAGAGGGCACAGACGUAUAGUCACUAACUUAUAGCCACAUAUAGCAUAUAGUGUAUAGUCACGGACUUAUAGCCACAUAUAGCAUAUAGUGUAUAAUCACGGACUUAUAGCAAGGGGCUAUGACAGGUCUAGGUGGUCAGCCAUAUCAGAGGGCUUGGCAAACCAGUCAAUACAUAAGGACUUCACAGGACAGAUACAGACCAGUCCAUUCAUAUGACAGAGACAGACCAGUCCAUUCAUAUGAUCUUCACAGGACAGAGACAGACCAGUCCAUUCCUAUGG